AUGCAGGUUCUGAUGUUGACUCUCUUCAUCGCCCUCUGGGCGGGGUCUGCUCUUGGGGCGACCUGCGAUACGGUUGCGCCGAUGGCCCUCCCCAUCACAGACGUGGUCGUCGACCCCCGUAUUCCCGGCUCGCUAAUGAGAGGCGUUCCCGCCAAGAUUGGCACACCUCCUCAAGACAUUGUCGUGAUGCCGUGGCCGGACCUGAACAACACAUACAUCUACGAUGAACAAGCAUUCUGCGACGAGACGGUCAUUUUCAGCGAUACAAUAUGCGCAGUGCGACGAGGAGCUCUCUUUCGGGAGGCCGAUUCCACAAGCUUCUCAAAAUCAUCAGACCUCGUUGCUGCAGGGGGCGCCUCCCGAGAACUGGGGAACGUCCGCGGAGCCGAGCUCGGUGUGGCAAAGCUGUUGUCAAGCAGCCUCGGGGCAACAGAACGCUUUACCAUCGCCCCAGCAAACACCACGACCUUACCGAUCGGCAUCCCGCGCAUGGGAUGGGACCACAGCUACACCAUCCUCCACGCGCUCGGCCUCGGCGCCAACUCGACCUACCUCAACUCCCUCGUCCAAGCGGGCCAGAUUCCGUCUCGUGUUUGGUCCAUAUUCUGGGGCCGCAUGUGGAACAACAACGAGUCCAACAAUCUGGACGGGUCGCUCGUACUGGGCGGGUACGACCAGGAGAAGGUUAUCGGCAAGAACGUUACUCAGCGGCUCGACUACAGCGAACAGACCGGGUGUUGGACGGGCAUGAAGGUGACCGUCUCCGACGUGCUAGUCAACUUCCGCAACGGCAGCGACUUCUCCAUCAUGCCCCGGGACUCGGCCGUGCAGUGCUGCAUCGUGCCGCAGCGCCAGCUCCUGUGGGAGGGCCCAUCCGACAUUGUCGGGACAUUCAUUGAUGCGACGCAGAUGAACAACACGGGCUUAUCGUUCGGGUUGCACUGGGGUGCGCAACAGUUUGACGCCUCGGAUCCCAAACUCUUCGACGGCGACGCCACCUUUGUCCUCUCCAGCGGCCUGUCGGUGCGGAUCCCCAACUCGCAGUUGAUGCCGCCCGCCGUGUCGGUCGACCGCAACGGCUCGCGCAUCAUCGACCGCUCCAAGCGGGAGCUGCUCCUCAGCGGCGUCGGCGACAACCCCACCACGCUGGGCCGCUACUUCUUCACCGCCGCCUACCUCAUGGUCGACCACGACGCCGAGUCCUUCACCAUGUGGCAAGCCAACCCUUCGGCCCGGACCAGCCUCGUGCCCGUGGUCGGCAAGUCGGCGGGUAACGGGGGCGGUUGUGAGGAGGGUGGAGGUGGGGGCAGCGGGGGAGAUGGUGGGACGGAAGGCGGUGAAGAGGGUGCUGGUGAGGGAAAUGGCGUCGAUGGAGGAGGGGGCGGCGCGAAUGCUAGCACGGAUGAGAAGGCGGCUUCUCCCGUCAACACUGGUGCAAUUGCUGGCGGGGUUGUCGGGGGUGUCGCUGCGCUGAUUGCGCUCGCCGCCCUGGUGUUCUUUUUGUUGCGGAGGAGAAAGAAGCGGGAUCCGACGAGCCCACUGCCGCUACCGGAGAUGGCUUCUCCCGGGGGGCACACCGGGGGUGCGGAUGGGGUGUAUUACUACAAGACAAGCCGGUCUGGUUUGCAGGAGGCGCCAGGUGCCGAACUCGCGCCGGGGGAGCUGCACGGAGUGUCGACAUCUAGCUACGGCGGAGCGACAUGGGCCAUAACGGCGAGCGGGAUGUCACCAGAGUCCAGGGUAACAUACGAGAUGGAUGGCGGGGGGUUGCCGCCGGAUUACUCAACUCAGGGACACCCAAGGCUUCACUUGCACUAA